CCAAUUUCAAAAACCCUUGCGGAGAAUAGCUGAACCGACGCAGCACACAUUUAAAUAGUGAACUCCGCCCCACAGAGAUGACUACUAUCAAUGUCCAGCGCACGACUGAAGCAAGCCAGCAAAUCAUUUGUUUGUUUUGGAUAAAACAGCUCGGACCAGACCUUCACCGCUGCUCCCCGGCGUGCUGACGUCAGAACAAACUGAAGUUACAGCGAAAGAGAAGGAAAGUGCAUGAAAUAGGACACCAUGUUUGAUAAAGCAGGUGCUGUGGUCGAGAUGUGAGAGAGGGUCAUGCCUUUGGUAAAGAGAAACAUUCAGCCUCGGCACCUGUGCCACGGUGCAGUGCCUGAUAGGAUUGGCAACGAGCUGGAAUGUGUAACCAACAACACGCUGUCCACCAUCAUCCGCCAGCUCAGUAGUCUGAGUACACAAGCAGAAAAUGUUUUUGGCGAGCUUUUCAACGAGGCCAACACUUUUUAUGUGCGCGCCAACUCUCUCCAGGACCGCAUAGACCGCUUGGCCGUCAAGGUCACACAGCUGGACUCCAGCGUGGAGGAAGUUUCUCUUCAGGACAUUAACAUGAGGAAGGCAUUUAAAAGCUCUAAUGUGCAGGACCAGCAGGUUUUGUCUCAAGACAGCAUUCCCAACUCAGUGGCUGAGAUGCACAACAGCAGUGACAAGCCUCCACCCCUCAGCACCCUCACUGCCUACAGAGAGGAUUCCAUUGAUGCGAUGAAAUACUACUCAGACCCGUCGUACUUUUUUGAACUGUGGAAGGAGAAAAUGCUUCAGGACACAGAGGACAAGAGGAAAGAAAGGCGGAGGCAACGGGAACAGAAGCGAUGUGUGGAGAGCAGCACCCUUCAGCGCGAAGUGAAGAAGGUGAGAAAGGUUCGAAACAGAAGGCAACAGUGGAACAUGAUGGCCUUCGAUAAAGAGCAUCGUCCAGAACAUCGCCAACAGCAGACUCUCCGCCAGGGGGCAUCAUCUGAGGGCUCGCUCUCUCCAGAUGGCAGGCCUGACCUCCCAGACUACCCCAUUCCUCCAGUGCCUGCCCAAACUGCUUGUAACCGUGCCAAGUCACGUGAUUACGUGCCCGGGAAUGCACACCCCUCACCACCUGUGGAGCAUGAAUACCACAGCAUUGAUGUCGACUACAAGAGAGAAACCUACGCCACAGCAGAGCCUCACGCUGCAGACCGAAUGAACGGUUCAAUGCGGACACCUGCAGAUUACAACUCCCCCCCUCCUCCUCCAGGCCCACCCAUCUCAUCAGCCCAGACAGCCUUUGGUUUUCCUCUGGGUGCUCUACCACCAACGCCACAUAAUGGAGUCUUGCACGUAGGCCCCGGCUAUGCGCUUCCACCAGUACCUCCUCCAGGGCCACACAUGUUUCCUCCUCCCCCAGGACCUCCACCUCCACCUCUCCCUCCCCCCGCUGCACCCUUACACCUAGUAGGACACAGUGAAGGCAGCAGAGCUGAGGCUAAACCUGUGAAAGAUGCGAGAAGUGACCUGCUGUCCGCCAUCCGCAUGGGCAUCGAGCUGAAGCAAGUUCAAGAGCAGCAGGAGCAGCAGAACAAGCGGGAGCCGGCAGGGAACGACGUGGCCACCAUCUUGUCCCGCCGUAUUGCGGUGGAGUACACUGACUCUGAAGACGACUCUGAGCUGGAUGAAAACGAGUGGUCAGACUGACCUAACCCAAAGUGUAGCACCUGGAUGAAGCUUUGCUUUAUUGGAUCUUUAGAGCAGACAAAGCAAAACUGUGAAUCACUUUCUUUGGCUCCAUCUAGUGGACUCAACACACCAACCAACUGCUGCCACCUCAUUUUGCAUUAUUAAUGUCCUGCCACAUUAACUUUCAUGAAGAAUUUGCAUGAGAAAGAACUUCUACAAUUCAAAAAAUGAUAAUGUAUCAAUUGAAUGAUAACUGAUUGUUUUGUUUUCUACCACUGAUUAAAUGUGAGCCAGUUUGUUUUCUCACUUUUUUCAAUCUCAAGUGUGUGUGUUCUAAUAAAUGUCCUUCCCUGAUUAACUGACACCUUGAACACAACAAACCCAUUGAUGAAAUGUGCAGUAAACCUUAAAACUGAGGUCCCGGUGCAAGACCUUUUUCACCUUUUGACGUGACACAGUAAGAAAAGUACAGGCAUGAAUAAUGAAACGAUUGGCUGUAUGCCAUUGUGCUGCUUCAGUUUCGGGAUCCUGGUGUGCAGGCUGUCUCACUUUCAUGGUUUACUGGGAAACUUGAGUAGAGCAGAACUAUCACUGGAGGUAUAGGUAACAACACCCCUUAUUGUAGCAGGACAAAGUGUUACAUUUUAUAAUUUAUUUUCAUCAUUUUAUGGAAUUACACAUCCCUGGUAUAAUGUUGGACUAUGAGUGUACCCCUGCCUGUAUUAUGUGUAUGUUUGACGAGUAAUUCCAUUCAAUGUUUUGUAUUUUCUACCUCAUUUUGUGAACCAUGGUAUGUAUAGUAGGGUCU